ACGCAAAACUAUGUUAGCUGGAACUCUCCCAGCUGUCAGAUUCUUAGGGCGUGUGCUGGCGGCUCACCAAGUAAUGGCGGAACGACUCUACCCGUCCACUUCCUUGUCCUGCAUCGGCGCAUGCUUCCUCCGGUCGGCGUCCAAGCGAGCUAUGAUCCGAUCAGCCCUCCCUCUCUUCGCUAGUCGCCGGCUAUCCUCCCUUCGAGCUGUCGCCGCUUCUCUCCGUCCGUCGCCGCUCGACCCUGUCCACAUCCGCCUCUUCCAGGAUGCGGGCGGACGCUCGCUAAGCUCGUCUCCUGGAUCCGCGGCGGCGGCGAAGUCUGCGGCUUCGGAUCCGGUGCAGCUUAGGAGCGCAAGGGAAGACAUUCGGGAGCUCCUUAAGGCAACGUUUUGCCAUCCCAUACUGGUUCGCUUGGGAUGGCAUGAUUCUGGUACAUAUGACAAGAACAUUGAAGAGUGGCCACAAAGGGGUGGAGCUAAUGGAAGCUUGAGAUAUGAUAUAGAGUUGAAACAUGGAGCUAAUGCUGGUCUUGUAAAUGCUUUGAGGCUUCUUCAGCCUAUCAAGGAUAAGUACUCUGGUGUAACCUAUGCUGAUUUAUUUCAGCUAGCAAGUGCUACAGCUGUGGAGGAAGCUGGUGGUCCCAAAAUUCCAAUGAAGUAUGGAAGAGUUGAUGUCAUUGGACCUGAGCUGUGCCCUGAAGAAGGCAAACUUCCUUCUGCUGGGCCACCAUCUCCGGCUGAUCAUUUGCGGGAAGUUUUUUAUAGAAUGGGAUUUAAUGACAAGGAAAUAGUAGCAUUGUCUGGUGCACAUACUUUGGGAAGGUCUAGACCGGAGCGUAGUGGUUGGGGAAAAUCAGAAACAAAGUAUACAAAAGAUGGGCCUGGAGCACCUGGAGGACAGUCAUGGACAGUGCAAUGGCUGAAGUUUGAUAAUAGUUACUUCAAAGAUAUAAAAGAGCAGAAGGACGAGGAUCUUCUAGUUUUGCCUACUGAUGCCAUAUUAUUUGAUGAUCCAUCCUUUAAGAUCUAUUCUGAGGAAUAUGCUCAGGAUCAGGAUUCGUUCUUUAAGGACUAUGCUGAAGCCCAUUCUAAACUCAGUAACCUUGGAGCAAAAUUUGAUCCACCAGAGGGAAUCUCAAUAGAUGAUGAUGGAAAGGGAUCAAUUCCUGAGCCAUUUCAAGCAGCAAAAUAUUCAUCUGGAAAGAGAGAACUGUCCGAGGCUAUGAAGCAGAAGAUCAGAAGAGAGUAUGAAGCCGUUGGGGGCAGUCCAGAUAAGCCCCUUAAAUCUAAUUACUUUCUUAAUAUCAUGAUCGCAGUUGCUUUGCUGGCUUUUUUGACAUCUCUGCUUGGAAACUGAAUUUUUCUAUGACAGGUUUUACCUUUUUUUUUUUUUUUUAGGUGUAAACAUUUAAAAAUAAUUUGAUUUUAAGAACAAUGAGCUGCUUUUAUUAUCGA